AUGGCCCCAGGGAUUGUUAGGCUCGUUUGUCGGUUUCCAAACUGCAAGCGCAUCUUCAAAAACAAGUCUGGCCUCACUAAGCACACACGCACACAUCAUCUGUUACCCCCGCAAAUUCAGGGAGCUCUCAAUCGAGCAGCCCCACCCGCAGGUCCUGGUUUUAUACCUCCAAGAGAACGUUCUCCCACUCCGGCAGCAAGUAUCGAUGUCGAUUUUAACCAUGAUGCAGCGGACGAGCAGGAGAAUGAUGGGUUUGUACCUGAGGAAGGUACUUGGGUGGACAUGGGGCGUUUAUUCCGCACAUUCCAUCCACACAUGACCGGACUCAAAUGUGAUACUAACGGCAUAUUGAUUGACCAGGAUGCACCCCCACCGCCUCGUACGGAUGCCCCAUCGACUGAUUGGACACCUUAUAAUAAUAGGGUCGAAUUCGAGACCGCAGAAUUCCUAUUCAUGCGCAACCAAAUGUCUGCGAAGCAGAUCGACACAAUCCUCGACUUGUGGGCCGCGACUCUAAUACAACACCACGACGCUCCUCCUUUCGCUAACCACAGGGACAUGUACGCAACGAUUGAUGCAACACCACUCGGUGAUGUCCCCUGGAAGACCUUCUCGAUGUGCUACAAUGGAGGUAGACCCGGGGACAACGUGCCACCAUGGAUGGAGGGCAAAUAUGAUCGCAGCAUGCUCGCAAACCCUGCCUUCGAUGGAGGCAUCGAAAUUUCACCAUACCGUGAUUAUACCACUGACGACAAACGAUACUGGAAGAAUUUUAUGUCGGGUGACUGGGCAUGGGGCCAGGCGGAUCUCAUUUCUCAAAAUCAAGAGACUCAUGGUUCAACAACAGUUGUUUCUGUCGCCACGGGCCAAACAGAAUACCACCCACUCUAUCUCUCAAUCGGCAACAUUCACAAUAGCGUGCGACGCGCACAUCAAGGCGGUGUUGUGCUCAUUGGGUUCCUUGCAAUACCGAAAUCUACAAAGGCACACAAUGGAGACACUAACUACAGAAACUUUCGGCUGCCAACUGUUCCAGCGGUCCCUUGCCAAGAUUUUCGAGCCCAUAUAUUGCUGGACUAUCCAGAGCAGUUAAUGCUCUCUGGCGUUGUACAGAACUGGUGUCCACGGUACGACAAAUUCGUUUCUUUUAUUUUCAAUGACUCAUUAGUUUCCAAGGACCUUGACGCUGGUCAACCAUGUUUGCAUCGACGCGAAGCACACACUGAGUUGCUCAUUGCGCAGCUACCGUAUAAACAGGUUUGGCGAGAGUAUGGCAUUGUUGGCGAUCUUGUCCCAUUCACUAAUGAUUUCCCUCGCGCAGAUAUUCAUGAACUCCUCUCUCCGGAUCUUCUACACCAAAUCAUCAAGGGAACUUUCAAGGACCACUUGGUUGAUUGGGUGGAAGACUAUUUGAAUGUCACGCAUAGUGCUCGCCACGCAGCCGAAAUAAUGGAUGAUAUUGACCGCAGGAUAGCAGCAGCAGCCCCAUUCGCCGGGUUACGGCGCUUUCCCGAUGGGCGUGGAUUCCAGCAGUGGACUGGUGACGACUCCAAGGCGUUGAUGAAGGUCUAUCUAGCUGCAAUUGAGGGCCAUGUUCCUCAAGACAUGGUGCGCACAUUUAGUGCAUUCCUCGAUUUUUAUCUCAAAACGACUGGCGCUGUCCCAACAUUCUCCCUUCCACGCCAACACUCCCUGUGUCACUACAUAUUGCUAAUUCGACUUUUUGGGGCACCCAACGGCCUUUGUUCCUCCAUUACCGAGUCUAAACACAUCAAAGCCGUCAAAGAACCCUGGCGUCGGUCUAACAGGUUUAAGGCGCUGGGUCAAAUGUUGCUAACAAACCAGCGCCUAGAUAAACUUGCCGCUGCUCAUGCAGAUUUUGAGGCGCAUGGCAUGCUUCGUGGCUCUUGCCUGUCUGAAGCUUUGCGAGAACUCCGAAGGCACGCUGGUGAAAUUAUUGACGGACCAACUGUGGAAUCCCACAUCGAACUUGUGGUGAAAGCUCGUUGUGUAUGCAAUGUCCAUACACUCGGCCUUGAACUCGACCUUCCGCAAUUCACUCACAUGGUUCAAGAGUUUAUCCAUGACCAGUGCCAUUCGGAAGAUGCCAACCCUCCCGAGUAUGACCCUGCAACAGCCCAAGUAUUCUUGGGCAGAGUCUCAGUCUUUAACUCCGCUGCAGCGUCGUUCCACGCUCCCAGCGAUCUGAGCGGUACUGGAGGUAUGCGUCGUGAGCAUAUCCGGGCAACAUCGUCGUGGCGUGGUGGCGCUCCCAGGCAUGAUUGCAUCUUCGUCAACGUGGAUGCCGACUUAGACUCUCCCAUGGGUGGACUUGCAGUUGCCCGGGUCCUGUGCUUUUUCUCCUUCAAUAACCGGACAUCGUAUUAUCCUUGUGCCGUUGUUCAUUGGUAUUCUCACGUGCUCGAGGGACGCGAUCCUGACACAGGUAUGUACGUCGUCGCACCCGCAACAAAUGAUAGUGGCGCUCCCGACAUCUCGAUUAUCCACGUUGAUUGUAUUUUCCGUGCUGCCCAUCUCAUUCCAGUAUAUGGACCGGACUUUAUCCCCAUAAUCAGUCCACACGACUCAUACGAUAUGUUCAACUCCUACUACGUCAACAGAUAUGCAGAUCACCACGCUUUCGAGAUAGCGUGA